AUGAACAAGAAAAGCAAAUGAACUGUGUUCCAAUCCUACUCCUGAACCGGAACAAGCUCAGUUUGACUUGUCGUCCAAGUCCAAUAGAAAAAAUGCCAUCACAUACUUGAUAAGAAAGGCAUGGAAAUACAAAGCCGAGUCAUCGUUCUUUUUGACUUGCUCUGUUAUAAUUACCAACACUGAGUUCUACAUAAAUAUACAGUUUGUAGACAAGCCUGAUAGCUCAACUACAGCUGUCAAUUACAGACCCCGUCAAAUCUGGGAAAUGACCAAUGUUGGACAUUUGAGUCACAGCUUUGUCCCAACACAGUGAGCGGGAUGUUUGCAUAUGAACCCCUUAUCAAACACUGAACUGAUGACCUUGUUCAGAUAAAUAUCCCACAGAGUCCAACUGCUCCUCAUUCUCCAAAAAGACAAGACCACGACUGGCGACCAAAGCAAGAUGGCUUCAUCACUUCUUGCAACAGCAGGAGGCCUCCUAUUACUUUUCUCCUUAUCAUCAGCACAAACCAGAGGAGACAGCCUCGAUUUGUGCACCCCACAUGAUGGCUUUGGAAAGUACUGUCCUACUACAUGUGGAGUGGCUGAUUACCUGCUGAGGUAUAUUCCAACAACGAACAGUGAUUUGGACAUUUUGCAAAGAGACCUGGAAACAAUUGCCAAUUUGACCCAGGGGGCUGAUGAAAAAAUUGUCCACAUGAGAGAUUCUACUACGUCAGCCCAAAAGAGUUCCCCGCAUGACUCAUACUUCAAAAAGUCGAACAGUAUCCUGGAAGAUGUCAUCCGGUUUGAACAUACCAUCACUGUACAGGAACAACAAAUAUUUGAACUUCAGAAUAUAAUUUCAGAAAACGAGAGGAGAAUGGCAGACUUGAAACAACUCUCCAUUCAGCUGCAACAGAAAUGCAGUGAGCCUUGUAUAGACACGGUUCAGAUCCAAACCAUCACAGGAGCAGACUGCCAGGAUAUUGCAAACAAAGGUGCUACCACCAGCGGCCUUUACUAUGUGAAGCCAGUGAAAGCCACUGAGCAGUUCCUGGUCUAUUGUGAGAUUGAUAGCUCUGGACGAGGCUUCACAGUAAUACAGAGGAGACGUGAUGGCAGCGUGGACUUCCACAAGGACUGGAUCCAGUACAAGGAGGGCUUUGGUUUUCUUUCCCCAGAUGACAGUACCGAGUUCUGGCUCGGCAACGAGAAGAUCCACCUGCUGACUGCCAGUUCGAGCAUCCCAACCGUGCUGAGGAUAGUGCUUGUUGACUGGGAGGGUAACGAAAGGUAUGCAGACUACAACAUGUUCAGAGUGGGACCAGAGGCCGACAUGUACCGUAUGGUCUAUGCUUUCUACUUUGGUGGCGAUGCAGGAGAUGCUUUCAACGGCUUUGACUUUGGAGAUGACCCCAGUGACAAGUUCUACACAUUUCACAACGGCAUGCAGUUCAGUACCUUUGACCGGGACAAUGACAAGUAUGACGGCAACUGCGCUCUGCAGGACGGCUCCGGCUGGUGGAUGAACAGAUGCCAUGCUGCACAUCUGAACGGCAAAUACUACCAGGGUGGCAGGUACACAGAGAAGGAUGCUGGUGAAUAUGGCUUCGACAACGGCAUCAUUUGGGUCACAUGGCACAACCGCUGGUACUCCCUGAAAGAGACCACCAUGAAGCUCAUACCCCUCAGCCGCAUCGCAGCAGGCGGUGGACAGCAGGCGGGUGCUAAACAGUUUGCUGGGCUUGGAGAUGCAUAAAAAGUAGACACACGUGUUUGUGGUCUAUACUAAUUGUGUUCAGCCCAACAACCCUGAAACCACCCUAGAUCAAAUAAAAUGUUCCAAUGGAAAAUUUCUGACUUUAUGAUGUGUCUCCAUGUGAUGUUUUCAUGCUGUGGUGAUCUGACCCAGCUGGGCACUGAUGUUCACAUUUUCCUUUCCUUCUUCAGUAUUGUUUUGAGCACUAAAUAAAUAUCUUUUCUUGAGAAAAUAUGGCUUGUCAUUACUUCACUGGACAGUCUUUGGACUCAAUUACCACCAGCCUGGAAACACAACCCAGUAAUGUCCAUACGGCAAUCAGCUGUUUUAUAAAACAAUGUGGAGAUGAGACUAAAACACCUGGUAAAAAGAAAUAAUCGAAAAAGCUAACGCAAGAUAUGUGUCUGAAUUUGACUCUGCAAAACCUUCAAAUGUUUUGUCGAAAUACACAGAGUGAUCACAUGCUUACAACCGAUAUGUAAUGCAAUGCAACAA